CUCACACCAUUAUUGUCUUCCUCACCUUGUUGCUUCUCUGUGUUCUUUGCAUGUGUUUUCCUUAGUGUUCCCAUGGCGGAGCUGGUGGCCACCAUGGUCGUCGGACCACUGCUCUCCAUUCUCAACAAUAAGGUAUCCAGCAGCCUGCUCGACCAGUACAAGGUGAUGAAAGGCAUGGAGGAGCAACAUGAGAUCCUAAUGCGCAAGCUUCCUGCCAUUCUGGACAUCAUCGCCGACGCCGAGAAGGCGGCAUCCCUGAGAAGAGGUGCAGCGGCCUGGCUCGAGGCCAUCAAGAAAGUGGCUUACCAGGCCAAUGAAGUCUUUGAUGAGUUCAAGUACGAGGCACUUCGCCGCAAGGCCAAAAAGGAGGGACACUACAAGGAGCUUGGCUUUGAUGUGGUAAAACUCUUUCCCACCCACAACCGCUUCGUCUUCCGUAACAGGAUGGGAAGGAAGCUCCGCAAGAUUGUGCAGGCCAUCGAGGUCCUUGUGACCGAAAUGAACGCCUUUGGCUUUAAGUAUGAGGAACAGCCGCUGGUCUCCAGUCAAUUACGGCAGGCUGGUCAUGCUAACACUGACCCAGAGGAAAUCAAAGAAAUCAUCAAUGAAUCCAGAGCCAAUGAUAAGGGUGCAAUUGUUAGUAGACUAGUUGGGCAAGCUAACAAUGCAGAUCUCACAGUUGUUCCCAUCGUUGGAAUGGGCGGUCAGGGCAAGACCACCUUAGCGCAACUUGUUUACAACGAACCUGCAAUUAAGAAGCAUUUUGAUUUGCUCCUAUGGGUGUGUGCAUCUGAAUGCUUUGAUGUGGACUCCUUGGCUAAAAGUAUAGUUGAAGAAGCUCAUGAGAAGAAGGAUGAUAGCAAAGAUGCAGCCACUUCCAAGAAGACACCACCGGAUAUUCUUCAGAAUGUAGUAAGCGGGCAAAGGUACCUCCUUGUAUUGGAUGAUUUCUGGGAACGUCAGGUUGAGAUUUGGAGACAGCUCAAGGCCCGCCUUGAAUAUGGUGGCAUGGGUAGUGUGGUCUUGACAACUACUCGUGACGAACAAGUGGCUGAAAUAAUGUGCCCUAUUGGAGCUUACAAUCUCAAAGCUUUGGAAGAUAAAUUCAUAAAGAAAAUCAUCGAGACAACAGCAUUCAGCCGUUUCAAGAAGGCAGAGGAAAGGCCUAGCGAGUUGGUGGAAAUGGUUGAUGAGAUUAUGAAGAGAUGUGUUGGUUCUCCUUUAGCUGCAGUAGCACUAGGCUCUGUACUGUGUACCAAGACCAGUAAGGUAGAAUGGGAGGCUAUAUCAAUCAGCAGCAACAUUUGCAUCGAGGAGACAGGAAUCUUACCAAUACUCAAGCUCAGUUACAAUGACUUGCCGUCGCAUAUGAAGCAAUGCUUUGCUUUUUGUGCUGUGUUUCCCAAGGAUUAUGAGAUUGAUGUGGACAAGCUGAUCCAACUAUGGAUUGCACAUGGCUUCAUCCAGGAAAAGCAAGUUCCUCUUGAAACAAUUGGCAAACAGAUUUUCCAUGAGCUUGCCUCAAGGUCAUUCUUUCAGGAUGUGAAACAAGUCCAAGACUGUGUUGAGGAAAUUGAAUACAAUGGCUUGUUUUAUUCCAGAACUACAUGUAAAAUCCACGAUCUUAUGCAUGAUGUUGCACUUUCUGUAAUGAAAAAGGAGUGUGCAUUGGCAACUAAGGAACCAGCCAAGAUUGAAUCUUUUGUCACAAGUGAGGAACCAAGUCAGAGUGAGUGCCUUCCGAACACAGCUCGGCAUUUAUUUUUGUCAUGCAAGGACCCAGGAAAAAAAUUGAAUAGUUCUCUGGAGAACAGCUCUCCAGCCAUCCAAACACUUUUGUGUGAUAGCUAUAUGAGUAGUUCAUUGCAACAUCUAUCAAAAUACACCUCUUUGCAAGCAUUACAACUUUGUUCAGGUAGUAGAUCAUUUUCGCUGAGAGCAAAACAUCUACAUCACCUGAGGUACCUAGAUCUCUCAAGAAGUUAUAUCAGAGCACUUCCUGAAGAUACGAGCAUUCUUUACAACCUGCAAACACUUAACCUCUCUGGCUGUAAAUCUCUUGAAACACUUCCGAGACAAAUGAAGUAUAUGACUGCACUGCGUCACCUUUACACUCAUGGUUGUCCACAGUUGAAAGGCAUGCCUAGAGACCUAAGAAAACUCACAUCCCUACAGACACUUACAUGUUUUGUAGCAGGUAGUGGCUCUAAUUGCAGCAAUGUUGGAGAGCUCGGGAAUUUAAACCUCAGUGGUCAACUAGAUUUACAUCAUCUAGAGAACGUGACAGAAGAAGCUGCAAACCUUGUAAUGAAGAAACUAACAGAACUGACAUUCAAAUGGACUGUUGGACCGGAUAACGUUGUUGAUGAGCCUAGCAGUCAGGAUGAUGCAAAAGUGCUCGAGAAUCUCAAACCUCAUAAUGGACUACAUGCCAUAGGGAUACACUCAUAUGGUGCCGCCACCUUCCCGACAUGGAUGACUAUGUUGCAAAAAAGCGUAGAGAUCCAUCUUUUUGGUUGUAGAAAACUGCAAUUGUUGUUCAGCAGUGGCCGUGAUAAUGAAACCUUCGCAUUUCCAAAACUAAAAGCGCUUACGUUGCAUGCUCUUGACUCUUUGGAAAGAUGGUGGGAGAUAGAUAAUGACAAGAUGCACACAGAACAGAUGUUUCCUCAGCUUGAGAAGUUGUCCAUUAGUCACUGUGAAAAUUUGAAAGCAUUGCCCGGACAACCGACCUUCCCUAAGCUUCAGAAUGUUCAUAUUAAGAAAUGUCCACAGUUGACAACUACAGCUAAAUCACCAAAGCUUAGUGUAUUGGACAUGGAAGGACGUGAGGUAGAGUUGUUCUUGUGGGUAUCGAGACAUAUGACUUCAUUGACCAAUCUGGAACUGACUAGCAUUGAACAUAGUACAGAUACAACCUCGAUGGGGGCUGAGAAUAGUUUGAAGGAAGUGGUGAACGUCAAGAAGAAUGGGAAUGAUCAAGACUUUCCUCUAGAAGUUUUGAAGUUAAGAGACUUCGAGUCAGCUGUAAGUAUAACAGAGCUGUGUGCAUGCUUUGUACACCUUCAAGAUUUGUCAAUUGUGAGGUGCCAUACGCUCGUCCACUGGCCAGAAAAAUUGUUCGAAGGAUUGGUAUCCUUGAGGAACCUUCUGAUUCGGCAAUGCGAUAAUUUGACUGGAUAUGCACGAGCUUCUGCUGAGCCAUCAACAUCAUCAGAAACCAGUCAGCUCCUGCCACGUCUAGAGUCUCUAAUGAUAAGGAGAUGUGGAAACUUGGUUGAGCUCUUCAACGUCCCUGCUUCUCUCAGGACAAUGCACAUUAAUAGUUGCAGUAAGCUUGAGUCCACAUAUGGCAGGAAGCAGCAGCAGGGACAGCCAGUAUCAUCGAUUUGUCAAGGGUCAUCCAGUAUAGAAGAAUUAUCAUUAUACAACUGUGAUGGCUUAACAGGGGUCCUCUAUUUUCCCCCGUCCCUCAAGAGACUAGAAAUUGUUAAGUGUGGUGGGUUGGCAUCUCUGAAAUCCUGCUCUCCCGAGCUCCAAUCCUUGGAGCACCUCCACCUUUGGAAUUGCAAGACCCUGGAAUCCCUACCGGAUGUGCCGCAAGCAUACUCAUCUCUCCAACAUAUUUGCAUCAGCGACUGCCCUGGUAUGAAGACGCUCCCUGCAAGCCUGCAGCAACACCUUGGCAGCAUCCAGGAGGAACACAUAGAUGCCCAUCUUUAUGGAAAUAAGCCAAGGCCUAUGCUGCUGAAGCCCAAGACAUGGAAGUAUGUCUGCAAAGGUUGAAGUACUGUUCCCAAGGACUUGGAGGAGAUCCUGUCUGCGAAGAAUUCUUCCAGCACAUACAGACGGAAGAAGAAGAGAGAUCACUUGGAGUGGAACUAUUGUCUCGCAAGACCCGCCAGGAUCAUACGCCUACAUGAAUGCUGUUGCCAUGCUGAGUUGCAAGAUCAGUAAUCAGAAGGUGCUUCAAACACGUACUAUUGUUUUAUCCCCUGAAAGAGGUCUUGUUCGAACAAUUAGUAUUUGUAUUUUUGCGCUUAUUUACCUACGGUCUGUUAUAUGAUUGUACUUUUUUCUUUGAACUGGCAAGGCGACUCUCUUCCCUGGCACUGUCAGUUCCUUUUGGGUCUAAAUUAUGCCGGUAUUUGCUUUGGGUGCUUUUCCCAGGAGAGGUUACUUGUUGUCUUGUUGACUCGGUUUUCCGUAUGUCUUUCCGACAGUCUCUGUAUGACUUAUGUGUAUAACUUGGUAACUCAACAUUUGCUAUAUAUUAAGUACUUGUAAAUACAUGAACUGUUAUUUA